AUUUCGGACUCCAAUUACGUCGCGCGGAAGUAAAGUUGAUCAGCGGCGCUUUGUUUGGAAAGAAGUGUCAGCGAAGAGUCGAAAUAAAAGAGGAAUAAAGAGGAAUAGAUCAUGUCCUGCUGCGCCACUGGAUGCAGGAACAGAUAUGCCAACGCAGAAGGCCUUCAUUUCUACCGGAUACCGUCGGCUGUGACGCCGUUUGACGCCGAGCGCAGGCGGCUGUGGCUGGAAGCGAUCAACCGAGAGGACUGGACGGAUGAGUUCAGCAGCUACGACGCCAUCCGCAACGCUCGGAUCUGCAGCGCUCACUUCGUGUCAGGAAAGUCAUCCCUGGAUCCAGAAAGUCCAGACUUUGUUCCCACUUUGUUCUGGCAGAGUGAGCGUAAGAAGACCCCAAAGAAAAGAGACAGGAAGAAAAAGAAAGUGACGGCAGCUGUGGAGCCGACAACAGACUCUCAACAGCAGCCGGACUCUCAAAUGUGGCUUUUUACGAACGCUCAUUCGGUCCCUGAGGAUCUGCUUCCGUCAUUGCAGCAAUAUGGCAUUAAGGUGGAACAGAUCGAAGACUACCCACAGAUCAAGGAGGAACAGGUGGAUCAGUGCAUCAGUCCAGACGUGGAGGCUGAUACCUCCAACAGUGCCGAAGUCAGACUUCCCAAAUCGGAACCGACCAGCGACUGCGAGCUCUUCCCGUCUUACGCCUCCGUAACUGUGACCCUAAAUGAAGACGACGAAGACGGUGAAAGCGAUGGCUCGUCGCCGCCUCCUCAUCAGAGUCAUAGCGUUGAAGUCUUUGUGGAACUGGAACAGCCUCCGAGAGACGAAAAGUCUUGCCGUUUUUGCGGUAAAAGAUUUAAGAGGGACUCUUUUCUCAUAAGGCACGUAGAAAGGAGUCACAAAGGGCAGAAAGCAUUUAAAUGCCUGAAGUGCAACAAGGAGUUUGACCAAAGGAACCAUCUAAUUCUGCAUGUAAGAAUUCACACAGGUGAGAAGCCCUUCAGCUGUGAUUUCUGUGACAAAACCUUCAGUCAGAACUCAAGUCGUAUUGUUCACAUGAGGGUGCAUACCGGGGAGAAACCAUAUUACUGUGCUAAAUGUGGCAAAAGUUUUGCCUCAAGCAGUCAUUUCAAAUUUUGCAAAAUGAAGAAGGAAUUUGAAAGCGCACCUGAAAAGGUGAACACAGACGAGAAUCCCAAAGAGGAGGAGAAGACCUUCAAAUGCUCCGAGUGCAGCAAGAUGUUUAGGCUGAAGCAGCAGCUCAUUCUGCACCAGAGAGUUCACACCGGCGAAAAACCCUUCCGCUGUAAUUUAUGCGGCAAAACAUUCACUCAGAGUUCCAGUCGAAUGGUUCACAUGAGAGUGCACACCGGAGAGAAACCGUAUCUUUGCAAGAAUUGCGGCAAGAGGUUCGCUAGUAGGAAACAUCUGAAAUUGUGCACGGUGACGAAGAAGAGCAAAACGAAGUCUUUUCACUGCGCGACGUGCGGCCGAUUCUUUCACACGGAGAUAGACCUGAACGUGCACAUGCAGGUUCACGAGUCGUGGAAACGACACUUGAGCGGGAAACUGCAAGAACAGGAGUGCGGACUAAACAAGACGCUGCUCCAUCCAUCCAUGGCGGGGACGCAGCUGCUCAGACUGCAGGUCAACGAGCGACUGGCUGCGGCUGCCGAGGAGAUCUUUGGACUUGUUGAAAAGACGAUAGCAGAGUAUCAGGAUGAAGUUGUCCGCUCCAGGACAGAAAUCAUCCAGCUGAGAAAGCAGCUCGAGCAGCUGACCGUUUUAAAGCCGGAGGUGAUGCUGUUCAGAGCAGACAUCCAGUCAGUCUCUGAGGAGAUUUUGCCUUCCCAGCAGCCAGACCAGCUUCCCACUGUGGUGAAAACUGAGCCCCUUGACUCUCAGCAGGUCCAAGAAGUUUCCAUCUUCCAAAUCCCACUUGUGCAAGUUGUCACAGUUCCUCCUCUCUGUCCUUCAGUCACCAAGCCGGAUAUGCUCCUGUUGUUGCAGGAAUGUGAAAUCAAGGCAAAACAGUUUCAAGAGCAACCACAGGUCAAAGAGGAGCAGGUGAACCAGUGCAUCAUUCCAGGUGUGGAGGCCGAUACUUCCAACAAUGCUGGAGUCAGACUUCCCAAAUCAGCUGCUGUAACUGUGGGUGUAAAUGAAAGCAUAGAUGACAAACAGGAUAAAAGCAAUGGCUCAUUGACGCUAUGCUGUGGCUCCAAGGAGGAUCAGAGUCAAAGCGUUGAAGUCAAUAUAGAACUGGGACUGGAACUGGAACAGCCUCCGAGAGACGAAAAGUCUUGCCGUUUUUGCGGUAGAAGAUAUGAGAAGGACUCUGUUCUCACGAGGCACGUAAAAAGCUUUCAUAAAGGGCAGAAAGCAUUUAAAUGCCUGAAGUGCAACAAGGAGUUUGACCAAAGGUUCAGUCUAAUUCAACAUAUAAGAGUUCACACAGGUGAGAAGCCCUUCAGCUGUAAUUACUGUGAGAAAACCUUCACUCAGAACUCAAGUCGUAUUACUCACAUGAGACGGCAUACUGGGGAGAAACCAUAUUACUGUGCUAAAUGUGGCAAAAGUUUUGCCUCGAGCAGUCAUUUCAAAACUUGCUUGAAGAGCGAAACGAAGUCCUUUCACUGCACGGCGUGCGGCAGAUGCUUUCACGCGCAAACGGACCUGAACGUGCACAUGCAGGUUCACGAGUCGUGGAAACGACACAUGAGCAAGAAACUGCAAGAACAGGAAAGCGGACUAAACAAGACGCUGCUCCAUCCAUCCAUGGCGGGGACGCAGCUGCUCAGACUGCAGGUCAACGAGCGACUGGCUGCGGCUGCCGAGGAGAUCUUUGGACUUGUUGAAAAGACGAUAGCAGAGUAUCAGGAUGAAGUUGUCCGCUCCAGGACAGAAAUCAUCCAGCUGAGAAAGCAGCUCGAGCAGCUGACCGUUUUAAAGCCGGAGGCGAUGCUGUUCAGAGCAGACAUCCAGUUGGUCUCUGAGGAGAUUUUGCCUUCCCAGCAGCCAGACCAGCUUCCCACUGUGGUGAAAACUGAGGCCCUUGACUCUCAGCAGGUCCAUGUGAAAGUUGUCACAGUUCCUCCUCUCUGUCCUUCAGACACCAAGCCGGUCUCUGAGGAACUGCACCUGUUAUUUCAAGAAUGUGACAUUAAGGCGAAACAGUUUCAAGAGUACCCACAGGUCAAAGAGGAGCAGAUGGAUCAGUGCAUCAGUCCAGACGUGGAGGCUGAUACUUCCAACAAUGCUGGAGUCAGACUUCCCAAAUCAGAACCGACCAGCGACUUUGAUCUCUUCCCAUCUUCCACUGCUGUAACUGUGGGUGUAAAUGAAAGCAUAGAUGACAAACAGGAUGAAAGCGAUGGCUCGCCGAUGCUAUGCUGUGACUCCGAGAAGGAUCAGAGUCAAAGCGUUGAAGUCCAUAUGGAACUGGAACAGCCUCAGAGAGACAAAAAGUCUUGCCGUUUUUGCAGUGAUACAUUUCGGAGUGACUCUGCUCUGAGAAGGCACAUGCAAAGAUUUCACGAAGGGCAGAAAGCAUUUAAAUGCCUGAAGUGCAACAAGGAGUUUGACCAAAGGCACCAUCUAAUUCAGCAUGUAAGAAUUCACACAGGUGAGAAGCCCUUCGCCUGUAAUUACUGUGAGAAAACCUUCGCCCAGAUAUCAAGUCGUACUGUUCACAUGAGGGUGCAUACUGGGGAGAAACCAUAUUACUGUGCUAAAUGUGGCAAAAGUUUUGCCUCGAGCAGUCAUUUCAGAUUUUGCAAAAUGAAGAAGGAAGCGAAGAGCAAAAUGAAGAAGGAAACGAAGAAGAGCACGAAGAGCAAAACGAAGUCCUUUCACUGCACGACGUGCGGCAGAUUCUUUCACACGGAGAUAGACCUGAACGUGCACAUGCAGGUUCACGAGUCGUGGAAACGACACAUGAGCGAGAAACUCAAGAACUACAGUGAGUGGAGGAAAAACAAACUAUGUGACACCAAAUAUUUGGGUGAAACAAGUAUUUAGGAAUGGUCUGUUUCAAUUGUUGUCACUCACAAAAGCAAUAUAUAUACUUGUAGAUGUGUGACAUUUACCUGAAUGAAACUAUUCACCAGUUUACGUGGAUACAGUUUAAAAUAUUGUGAUGUGCCAUGUAUGAUCUGAACUGACAUACAACUGAGACUGUGUCUUCUACAGUGAUGCGGUAUACUGGAUUACAAGCCUUACGUUUUGGCUUGUAUCACACUCCGACAUAAACAGUAGACUCUUUCACAGCAACCGCUUUGACAUGAAGAAGUAGUAGUAGGAGGGUAAACAAAGGCGUUAUCAAUGAUGCUAAUUAAGCUUCCACUUUAUUAAAGUCGAACAGAGUGAGGUUGCUGCUGUCGUGCAGGUCGGCUCACUUCUUUGUUAACCCGUUAAAAAUCGAGUUAUUCCCAUUGUGCUAAUACAAUG